AUGGAGCAUUCAUACGAGGCAAACGAGGCAGCUAAAAAUGCAGAAAUAUCGACGAAUAAUCGUAAUAUUUCUACCACUACUAGUAACGGGAAUUCAACCGUAACCACUUUAAAGAUUGUAAAUGAUUUUGAUUUGAACAAAAUCGGAGAUGAAGAUUUCGUGUACAACGAAAAUAAUAAUGAUAAACACCCGUCGGUAUCAAAUUCGAGUAGUCGGUAUAAAACUCUCCAUUCUUCUAGUUUCUCCAAGUUUUUCCUCGGACAACAUACGCAGAAAACGACAGAUAGUGUCGGUUCCAAAACUCCCGAAUUUUCCGAUUUUGGAAUUAAUUUAAGAGAGUGGCUACAAUCCGACGGCCAUGGUGCAUUAAUCAAGAACGACAGACUGCCAGUAAUAACACAAGUCUCGCACGAAGAAUCCGAUAUCGACCAAUGGGGAUGCAUGUUCUCCUUCAACAACGCAGUGAGAGAUUACAUUUCCGCCCUCAAAGACUCCCUCCAACAAGCAAGACAAGAAGAUCUCAGGGGCGCAAACGUCUUUUAUGUAGACAAUCACGCCAUUCAACUCGAGCUCUACCAAAACCCCACAUCCCAUGGGUUGGAACAUGGGAUUACUGCAUGCUGUGGAUAUGGAGGUGGGUCGUACAAUUUCGACCCGCAAGUAUUUUGCGGAAACACGAAGGAGAUGAACGGACAGAAAGUAUCUGCUUCUGCGUGCGGGGACCCGGAGAAAUACGUGAGCUGGGAGGGGAUUCAUCUGACUGAAAAUGCUAAUAAAAUUAAGGCAUCUGCUAUACUUAGUGGUUCUUACUUUGAUCCACAGUUUUCUCUUAAUCAGCUCUGUGAUAUUCAACCUAUUGGUUGAAUAUCUCAUAUAUAUAUAAUAAUGCUGCUAAUCAGCAACAAUAAUCAGCUGUAUGUUUACUAAUAAUGUAUAUGCUGAACAAUGAAAUCAAAUGAACUUAAAUA